AGGCGCGCAGUUCUGCCUCCAACAACAAGAAGCAGGAGCCAGGCAACAUGGCCGACCUGGGGAAGAAGUACUGCGUGAACUGCCUUGCAGAUGUUACGAACCUGCGGCUUCGCUGCACCGACUGCCCCGAUAUCGAGCUGUGCCCGGAGUGCUUCUCGGCGGGCGCAGAAAUAGGUAAUCACCGGAGAUGGCACGGCUACCAGCAGGUCGACGGCGGUCGGUUCUCUCUCUGGGGUCCCGAGGCAGAAGGAGGAUGGACCAGCAGGGAAGAGCAGUCGCUGCUAGAUGCCAUCGAGCAAUAUGGAUUUGGAAACUGGGAAGACAUGGCCGCUCACGUCGGAGCGUCCCGAACUCCUCAUGAAGUCAUGGAACACUAUGUCACCAUGUACAUCCACGGGAACCUGGGUAAGGCCUGCAUCCCGGACAGCAUUCCCAACCGUGUGACCGACCACACCUGCCCGAGCGGGGGGCCCCUGUCGCCCAGCCUCACCACCCCUCUCCCUCCGCUGGAUAUCAGCCUGGCUGAGCAGCAGCAGCUGGGCUACAUGCCGCUACGUGACGACUAUGAGAUUGAAUAUGACCAGGAUGCAGAGAAGCUCAUCAGCGGGCUGUCUGUGAACUAUGACGACGAGGAUGUGGAAAUUGAAAUGAAACGCAGCCACGUGGACAUGUAUGUACGCAAGCUCCGAGAACGGCAGCGACGUAAGAACAUUGCCCGAGACUACAACCUGGUACCGUCGUUCCUGGGCCGGGACAAGAAGGACAAGGAGAAGGACAAACCUGGAGCGCUGGGAGUCAUAGGCGGUGCUGGUGGCGUGGGUGGGGCUGGAGCUGGUAGUGGCACAGUUGGAUCAGGUUCUAUGGCAGCAGCGGGAUCAGGUUCUGUUCCAAGUACACCCAAAAGAAAGAUCACCAAGGAAGAGAAGGAUCAGCGCGUCAGGCUACGGGGGCUCUGCCAGUUUAUGGCCCAUCGAGAAUUUGAAGAAUUUUUUGAGAACAUGCAUAAAGAGCGUGUGCUGAGGGCCAAGGUGCGGGAGCUGCAGCGCUACCGCCGCAACGGCAUCUCCCGCUUGGAAGACUCUGCCGAAUAUGAAGCAGCACGACACAAACGGGAGAAACGCAAGGAGAACAAAAGCGUGGUCACUUCCAAACGGGGCAGCGGCGGAGGAGGCGGGCUUGGCUCCGGGAUGGGACUCGGGAGUGGAGCUGGAGGGGGAGGAGGCGUUGCUGGAGGGUUGGGGGUUGGAGGCGGGAUCAAAGAAGAGAGCAAAGAUGGGGAGUUUGCCGCCAUCGAGAAUCUGAUGGGCUUUGAGCUGCUGUCAGACAGGGAGAAGGUGCUGUGUAACUCUCUGAACCUCAGCCCGGCACGCUACCUGACUGUCAAAACCAUCAUCAUCAAAGAUCACCUGCAGAAAAGGCAAGGCAUCCCGGCCAAGAGCCGGCUGCCCAGCUACCUGGACAAGGUCCUCAAGAAGCGCAUUCUCACUUUCCUCACAGAAAGUGGCUGGAUAUCCCGAGACGCCUCUUAGUCGUCCAUCUUUGGUCAGGAAGUCAUAAGUUGAUGAGCUGAUAGCUGGCAGACUGGCAGAACUACUGGUUAGUCACCAUUUUUCAAAGGUGACUAUGUGAAUAUGUACAUUGCAAAGAAUGAAGAUGACCCACUGGAAAAUAGUAUAUUUUCAUACCAGGGUUAGGAACAAAAAUAAGCCUAUAUUUUUACAUUUCGCCAGGGAUAGGGGUGAAAACAACUUGUAUCCAUAUUGUUACUAAUGAUGACAACUACAAUGCAAACACGUAUUUUGUAGUUGCAGAGAUAUUUUAGUGUAUUGCAACAGGUUCAACGAAGAUGUCUAUGGAGAAAUCUUAUUUUAAAUCCAAACAGCAACUGGGCAAAAGCCAUUUCAUGCUGGAAAGCAUUACACUUCCUGGAAAUGUUUAAGAGUAGUUAUUUUGUGGGUUAGUGUUUGAACGUAUGGCACUGAUGGGUGAAAUUAUCAUGACCUAAUUUUGUCAGUUUUGUUAGGUUUCAUCAGUAAAAGCUGGACUUUCCAGCAAGAGCCAGCUGUUUGAAUAUGCUGUCAUUUUAAGGCCAUCAUUUCCUAGAAAUUGUCAUACACUAUCAGUAAACUCUGAUUUCUCUGACCUAUUUUUUCCCUUCUUACUGUCUACAAGUAAUUUAAAGAAGAAAGGGUUCAAGCAUCAUUUAGCUUUCUCUGGAAAAAGUACCUACUGCUGCCUGAAGGCAGUUUCUAGCGGAGCGCAACAGACAUAAGACAUAGAGCUAGACCAAUAAAUCAGCCAGGCCGAUAUAUUCACUGUUACCUUAUCACAAAUAUCAGUAUUGGCACAUAUUUCGGCCACAAAGUAACAAAAAAUAUCAGUACAGAAAUGCCAAAGAAUAUGUUAAGAGAUCAUUUAGAAAAAGUGUUUCAGGUAACACUUUUCAGCUGUAUCUUGGUCGCAUCUUGGUUAAUAGCAGAAUUUUAAGGAUCCUAAAGGAAAUCUGAUCAAAUAACCUGCCAUCUGUCUUCACAUUUGCAACAUUGAAAUGUUGCUAAAUCCUGAUGUGAAAUAACCAAAACUGUUUAAACUUUGUUAGCAAAUAGUGAGUUUAUAUAAGAUCCUUUUUACUCAUAGUGUGAAAGUGACUCAGGGUCUUUAAUAUUUCCAUAUAAGUAUUAGCCUUAAAAAACUGUAUUGGUCAUACUCUGAUAUGAAUGUUAUUUACAGGUUUUAGUUCGCCUCCUGCCGUUAGUAUGGAGGAGAAAGGAAUUUGGCCUGGAAACCCUUUUAGUUCCACAGAAACAAUGUAGUGCAGCUUAGCACAGCUUUAAAUGUUUUACUGUCCGCAUGGAACAACACAGUUAAAGAAGCUGAAUGUUUAAGGGCAUUAACCAGUGAUACUCAAAUGCCGAUAUACAGUUCCAAGGUUGUUAUUUUUUGUGUGUAUGCAUGGUGGGCUAAUAUUACACCUCUUUAUCUUUUACACUUUCUCCUCAUUGUGUGCUCAGCAGCCCUAUGGUUGACCACUUCACAUGCACACAGCUUCCCACUACCUGCUCCCCCUCGGUUGCUUAUUAUUUUACAUUACUUAUUGUUUGUCAGAGGUAGCUUCACUUUGUCUUGAAGGCACUACUGUAACAGCAGCACUGAUCACUCAUUAUCAUUUUCCAUAUGAAGUUAUUGAAUCAGCUGUCGUGUGACGGCAGGAGCAGGAGCUCUGAUAUCCUACAGAAGAAAGGCAUGUGAAUGUGUGGAUGUUACCAAAGUGGAAUAUGUGCUUGAUUCAUAUUCCUUUGUCUUUUUUGGGGGGGUUGUGGGAUGUAAGUCAUGAGUGGAAUUGGUUCUGUGGUGGUAGGCGUUGCCUUAAAAGUAGAGGUCAUAAAGAGAAUUGGGGCUCAUCAGUCUUUCUUAGUUAUAUUUCAUCAUCGUGGUGUACCAUUCAAGUCAAACACCAGAGCUGUUUUUUAAAGGUUUACUGGUGAUAGUCAAUUAUUGCAAACAAAUCCCAUCAAAAGACCAAAACCAACAAUGAGUUGAUUCUACUAUCACAUUGUUGUCUGGUUAUCCAAAGCCUGAUACAUCUUCUUCCUCUGUGCCAGGGCGCCAUUGUUGUCCAAAAUCUAUUACGAACACAUGACUGAGCCACACUGUUGCACUGGAUGUUCAUUACCAUUAACAAUAGUUUAUUUUGACUCAGUCCCAGAUACACCAUCUUGCUGCCAUAACCACUCACUAAAGCAACAAAUGUGGAUUCAUCCGUGGCUUAAAAUAGUCCCCACAUCAAAUGCACGUUUUCCUCCUGUUUGAGUAACGUUUGAUUAAAAACUACAGUGACCAGCAGUUUUAGAAAAUGAAUGAGCCGCUACAUUUACAUGACCCCCUCUUCUAGAUUUACGUCUUCCAUAAGAAACCAGUGGGUUUGAGGGGGACUAAUAUUUUAUUUUCAUGGGAUUUGUUAACAAGAUAAAUAUUUAAUAUUACAAGCUUUUUAAUAAUAGAACCCUUUUAUCUAAGUGUUUUUCAGUGAAUUCAGCUUUUGUUGUGUUACUUGACGCUGGGCCUUAGUGGUAGAUGAUUUAGAGAACUGCUGACCUAAAUUAUGUGGGAAACGUAUUAUCAUCUUUCCAACAUUCGUAGUGCGUCACCGCCGGUGCAUAGAUCUGCUUCUUGGACUCUUUCUGCUGCACAUUAAUCCAUUAACAUGUUCCGAUUGGAGUUAGAUGUAUUAGUCAGCUGUCGUUGGUUUAUUGAAGAUGCUGAUUGAGCAGUAAGCCAAACAUUUAAUUUUGAAGCUGGGGGGGGGGGGAGUAUGAGCAUCCUGUUUAGCAUUGUAAAAUAAGACAUAAUAAGCAUUUUUUUCAGGUCAGAGGUCAGCUCAAGAUGCCGAAGCGCCUCUGAACCAGAAUGUUCUAGAAAUACGUCGCUAAUUUCCAGGCUGUAGACCAAACAGCGAUGACCUAGAACUGUGAGUGGAAUUUGAUGGUUCUCCUUUGUUUGAAUAUCACCUUUUGUUUAUUCCUUUAGAUAGAUAUAUAAUGUGAUUUCUUUUCAAUUCUUCUUUGAGAUUUUGACAGUGGCAUCGUUCUCCAUGUGCCACCAAAUUUUCCACGUUGUUCCAAAAUUGCGUGUUUUGGUAAAUAUGUCUCACAGGAAAAUAUAGGAAUUGGAUUUUUUUUCAGUAUGGGGGGUGGCAGGGUUAUUUUUUAUUAAGGGGAUUUUGCUGACUUUACGUCACCAAAUGUAAAUAAUUUUGUAAGAUAAAUUGGAAAAAAGGAAAUAUAAUUACUGACCUGUGAAAUGUACAGUAUUUUGUGUCAUGGACAUUUUUAUAGCUUUUGUAAUAAUAAAAAAAAAAAAAGAUUUUGGAUAAUAAGAUUACAAAGAAGAAGCAUUUUCUGAAGCUUCGGGUGUAGUGAUGGCAUGCUGUUGAGCUGUCUUUAAUCUUGUUACUGGUCUGAUUCUGUAGAGCUGUUUUGUUCCGUUACUUUGUUGACAUGACAAGGUAUGUAUCAAGAUUUAUUAAAAGUGCAAAUACUUUAUAAUU